ACUCCGUUGCCACACUGUCUUUAUUUUUAUUGUAUUUCUCGUUGCCGUCGUGGGUUUCCCGGCUUGUGAUGGCACAGGCGAGCUCCCGGUGUUCAGGGAGGCACCGGCAUUUCGCAAUGGAAGGGAGUGUCCUAAAACGGCGUGGUCAGCCCUCGACGAACGAGCUCACAGCCCGUCGUCUGUCAUUCACAUCGCGAUGACUCUCGAUGCCACUUAUCUCCGUGGUUCCGUCGCCGGCGUCUUCUCGGUUCUGCAGCACUCGUCUUGUCCGGAGAAUGUGGUGUUCCACUUCAUCGCCACCACGCACCGGCGCUCAGCGCUUCGGCGGAUAAUCACUUCUACGUUCCCGUAUCUCAAUUUCCACCUGUAUCACUUCGACUCGAACCUCGUGAAGGGGAAGAUCUCCUACUCCAUUCGCCGAGCUCUCGAUCAGCCUCUCAAUUACGCGAGGAUGUAUCUCGCGCCGACCUCCUACCGGCGAGUUCGCCGGAUAAUCUACUUCGAUUCGGAUCUGAUCGUCGUGGAUGACGUUGCCAAUCUCUGGAACAUCGAUUUGGGGACGCGUGUGCUUGGCGCGCCCGAGUAUUGUCACGCCAAUCUGACCAAUUACUUCACUCCGAAGUUCUGGUCCAAUCCGACCUAUGCGGCGUCGUUUCGAGGGCGGAAGCCAUGCUACUUCACACCCGGCGUCAUGGUGAUCGAUCUGUGGAAAUGGAGGGAAGGAAAGUACACGGAGAAGCUUGAGAACUGGAUGAGGAUUCAGAAGCGGUACCGGAUCUACGAGCUAGGCUCACUGCCGCCGUUCGUACUGGUGUUCGCCGGCGAAGUCAAGAGUGAGCACCGGUGGAACCAGCACGGGCUAGGCGGCGACAAUCUGGAAGGUUUGUGCCGGGAUCUUCAUCCCGGUCCGGUGAGCCUGCUUCACUGGAGCGGGAAGGGGAAGCCAUGGCUGAGGCUUGACUCGAAGAGGCCAUGCCCUUUGGAUAGCUUGUGGGCCCCAUACGAUCUGUUUCCGUCACUCUCGGUUGUUCUCUGACAGCUAGCGGAUGACGACGACGUUCACCACACGCGCCACCGCUGCCCGCCGACGAAUCACUCCAACCGUUUGUUGUUCUUUGUGAGUAUGAUCAGCGGUCAGUGGACACUGUGGACUGUGUAGUGGAGUGAAGCUGUGAAGCAUACAGAGCGUAAAAAGACGAAAGGGGGCACAGAGGUGCGAAGAAACCAAAAAAGGGUUACUUAACCCGAAACGGCGACGUAAGGAGGCUGUUUGAUGCAUGCAUGGUAUGUACAGCAUAAUAAUGGACAGAAUACGUGCUAUAUUCUUGUCUGGGAAUAACCAAAAAAUAAUUAUACAAUAUAAUUAUUUAACUUA